GACUUUGCAACAGCGUCAUUCUUUUCACAAAUAAUAUAUAAAUUGAAAGCAAAUAAUAAUGAUUAACGACCAUUCGUCAUCGAGAAAUAGAAUUUCUACGGAAUUCCAUCGUUGCAGCAUUCAAGAUAACAACAUGGCAGACAUUAAAAGCAACAAAAAGUCUAUCAAUAAUUUGCGGCAUUAUUUUAGAGAAUAUUGCGAUUAUACUGGCAUACACGGUUUGAAGUAUAUUGGAGAAAAACGCUCUUUGCUGGAAAAGAUUUGUUGGACAAUCAUUUUUGGACUCAGCCUAACCACUUGUAUAUCUGUAGUAUACGAAGUGUUCAAAAAAUGGCAAAGAAGCCCCAUUAUAGUCAAUUUUGCCUCAGAACAAGUCAAUAUAUUCGAUAUAACUUUCCCUGCUGUCACCAUAUGCCCUGAGACCCAAGUGUACAGUGACCACUUCAAUUAUUCCUUUAUCUUAAGAAGAAGUUUAAACGAAAGCAUUUCCAAAGACGAACUGAAAAAGCUCCAGUACAUGUCGCUACUUUGCAACGUUAACAUGUACUAUCACAAAAUACCAAAAAUCGAUACUAUUGACGAAGGGUUUUAUGAGUUUUUGAAAAACGGUGCUCCAUUUUUUUUGACUAAAUGCAAUUUCAUGGGCGAAGAUCAUCCCUGCGAGCAAAUUUUCCAGCCUAUUUACACUGACGGUGGACUUUGUGUUACUUUUAAUAUGCUGAGCAAGAAGCAAAUGUUUACUGAAGCGACAGCAAACAUUGAGCCUCCUCCAGAUGCCUAUCAAGACCGUAUGGCUACAAAUUGGUCAGCUGAUUUCGGAUACGCUCAACAUGCAGGCGUAGAUGCUUAUCCUAGAAGAGCCUUACUUUCUGGAUCCAGAAAUUCUCUAGAAGUUAGCUUUGCUAUUAACAAUACAGAUCUAGAUUAUGGCUGCACUCAUUUGCAAGGCUAUAAAGUACUGCUGCAUAGUCCUCGUAGAUUUCCAUUACUAAACACCCAUUCUAUAAGGAUUCCUCUGAGGAAAUCUGUUAGUAUUGCUAUUACGCCACAGUUGCUUAACACUUCAGAGUCGGUGGCGCAGUAUCCUAUUAGGAAGCGAAAGUGCUUUUUUCAAACAGAUGCGCAAUUGAAGUACUUUUCGAAGUACUCGCAGCUGAAUUGUCGGUUGGAGUGCCUAUUGAAUUUGACUAUGGAUAUGUGUGGAUGCGUCGAGUACUACAUGCCAAGAAGUUCCAACAUGCCAAUUUGCGGUACAGGAAAGUACGAGUGCGUGAAAAACGCCUUGGCACAGCACACCCUUCUGCUGAUGAAACAUAACUUAGAUGUGCACGCCACUAUAGAAGAAAGGGAAAAGAUGAACAAGUACUUUGGCAAUAGCAUUUACAAUAUUAGUACCACCAGGCAUUUGUGUCCUUGUCCAGAUAUGUGCAACAAUUUGGACUACAACGUGGAAAUUACUGAAAGCGAUUAUGAUUGGCCUAGAAAAAUGGCUACGUUGGGUGUGGAUGUUAUUACUGAAGAUCAAGAAGGAUUAUCUUCCUCUCAGCUUCUACUCUAUUUCAAGGGUAGCACCUUCAUACCGUUAGAACGCAACGCACUAUUCGAAACUUUCGACUUUUUGGCCAACGUUGGCGGUCUUUUGGGCCUGUUUAUUGGAUUUUCCCUAUUGUCAAUGAUCGAGCUCGUUUACUUUCUAUCGUUGAGGAUCAUUUGCAAUUUGAAAUUGUACAAAACUUGGUAUGGACCAACUGGAGUGAAACCUACUACCAAUCCUGUUGUGGCUGCUGUUUUGAAAAGAACUUCUAGCAGCAAUUAACUUUUGAAAUAAUUGUUUAUCGUAAUGGAGAAUUGAAAUAUGCACUUUUAACAUAAGAAUUAUUUGAAUAUUUUUCAUGUCUAUCUUGUAAUUCUCACACAGUUCGUCAUUUCUAAGAUUGUUGUAUGUUAUACUAUGUAAUGAAAGAUGUGCUUUAAAUAAGUCACUAUAGAUACAACCCAAAUCAGCCAUUUUCAAUCUGGAAGAGUAAUAAUUAGUAAAAAACUUAAACUUGAUUUAUUCAUAGACUGUUUUUUUUUUGUCACGAUUCACUGAUCAGUUUAAAAUGUGAAAUUUUUGAUUAUUCCCGGCUCUUGAAUCAAGUGCCGAGAAUAAGAACUCGUUCAAUC